GACCGGGAGAACAGCGACACCAAGUGAAGUGAAAAACGAAAGGUAUUUAUUUACUAUUCCUAGGUUUUGCUAAAUUUUUUUUCUUCAAAACACUGGCUAAUUAAUAUGUCUUUAACAUGGUUCGCUCCUCACGUUUUAACGCAGUUAGAGGAACUUAUAAAACACGGCAAGGUAGGAAUAUGUCCUGGACCUAUAAAGAUCUUAAAUCCAAUGCCAUCCGGUGCGACUUGGGUGAAAAAAAAUUACUGCGACAGAUUUAAGUUGGUCAUUCCUUACGGUGGUCAUUCUGUUGAUUGGGAUGUAAUUUUUCAAGCAAACUCUCCUGCAUGUCCACCAGAUUUCAUUUUCACUAAUGCUCCAGAUUUUGUGAGCCUUGACUGUAUUACAAGUCUUAUGGAUUGGGAUCCUAAGAAACCAAAUUCGCUAUAUAUUAUUUUAAGAGAUCUCUUGCAACAUUAUCGGAAGUUUCAAGCAUCUCGCUUAGAAAAAUAUUCCAGGGUUCAGUUCGAGUAUUCUACCUUAACUCAAGAAACAAAUAUCACAGAGGAAGAUAUUGAAGUGUUUGUUGUUGAUGAAAAGGAAGGUCCAAUACAUUUUCUAAUUCGUCUGGGAGUGCAAUUUUCAGGAAUUCCUAAAAUAUACAAGAAUGAGGUUGGUGACACAGCAUUGCUUCUGGUUACUUUCAAUGGUUCAGAAGGCACCAAAAUCACACCAAAACUUUGUCUUCCUCCAAAAAUUGAACAUGCAUUGGGUUCUCCUCUGUCUUGGCGUAUACCAGCAUUUUCAGCUGAUGGAUGUCUCAUGGACUAUGUACCAUUUGUGCAAGAAUCGCUGAAGAAGCGGAUUGAAAUGGUUGCAUAUAACUUUGAGAAAAGGAUGGAAUACCUUUUUGAAUUCUUGGAAUAUUUUGAGGGAAGUUAUUUAGAAUUUGAUAGGGAUUUGGCUUCUAAAGCUACAUUUUUGUUUGAACAAAAUGGGUUUUAUUUUAUAUUUCAUAUUGACUUGCCUCAGAAUUUUCCUUUAGGAAAACCAUCCUUCACGUUUCGUUCAAUCUAUCACUCAACAUUUGAAAAACCAUAUUCGACAACUGUGAUGAAUUAUCCGUAUAAUCAAGGUUGGUCAGUUAGAAUAAUGCUGGAAAAAACUGUUGAAUUUAUUCAGCAGUAUGCUGUUGUAUUUCAGCAAAAUUCUGUUCAAAAUGGAUCUUCACCUUAAUAUUUUUCAUUAUUUGUGUGAUUUAUUUUGAUGGUGAAAUAAUCUUAUACUGAUUGAUUUAAAUUUUGUCUUCACUUUGCUUGAUUGUUUCUAUAUGCUUGAUUUAUGAAUAUCUGCACUUUAUAGAGGUACAGUUAUUUUCUUCUAUAAAUCUUAUUUAGAAAUGUUUCGAGUGAAAUGUUGUUAAAAUUAAUUUUAUUUCCUAGUUUAUAUUUACUUAAAUCUUACAAAUUUUCUAUGUCAGCUCUAUAUAUUGUACUUAAAUUGUUUCUAUAUAUAAUGUGUACAUUUUGUGAAUCCUCUGUAUAUAUAUAUAUAUUGUUAAUAUUUUUUGUUAUAUGAAGUAUCUAGUGAUACCACAUGUAACUUUUGAAAAAGUUGUAUUUGAACAAAAUAACUCCUGGUGUGAUGUGCAAUGUGUAAUUUUUCUUGUGUAAAUAUGCU